AUGGUGGGUUUUGGUGAGGGUGUGAGUUUUGGCGUUGGUGGUGGUGUGAGUUUGGGUGUGGAGAUGGAUGAUGGCGGAGAUGGUUUUGGACGGGUGACUGAGUUUUUGGUGUUGAUGGUGUUGGCGGAGCUUUCACAGGUGGCGGAGUUAGCCUUGCCCUUGGUGGAGCCACCGGCUAUGGAAUCGGCAAGCAACCGGAGAGAGCAUUGUUUCAGAAAAGGACCCUCGUCCAAUGUGUUCCCCAUUUGGCCAAUGCUGUUUGGAAUGCAUCUGGUGAACUUCUUGUUGGAGAUGACUAUUACUGAAGCUGGGGAAUUCCAUAAGUUUUCUGGGGUGGUGGAGUGGAACCGGUUGUGGUUCACAAAGAUAGCAUCAAGGUUCUCAUUGAACAGCUCUGGAGGCAAUGGUCCUUCAAAAUCGUUGAACCUGAUGUCGAGGUUUUGUUUAAGAAUAAUAAUGAAGAAGGCUAUGGAGAGUGUGCAAGAUCUGAUCGAAGAGGCGAAGCUUCGAACGGUUUGGUGGGCAUUGUGUAUAUUUGCCAUCUCUUACUUCUUGACGCAUACAAGUAAAUCAAUGUUAAUGAAUGCCCCAAUAGCUAUACUCUUGGUUUCUGGGCUAAGAAUGUUAUUCAAUGAGGUUGAAUUUCGGUGGAAGGUUCAUAAUGCCAGACCACAGUCCUACUUGUCACACUUAGAAAAGAGGCAGCUCUCAGCGAAUGAUUCUCGUCUCACUACCAUGCCUCCCCCACCAAAAUGGAAGAGAAACAUUGAUUCCCCUGUUGUAGAGGCCGCUAUGCAGGAUUUUAUCAAUAAGCUUUUGCGUGAUUUUGUCAGUGAUCUGUGGUAUUCUGAUAUUACACCUGACAAAGAGGCACCUGAGUUGAUACGUGCUGUAAUCAUGGAUGCACUUGGUGAAGUGUCUGGCAGAGUCAAAGAAGUAAACCUUGUUGACCUUUUGACAAGGGACAUUGUAGACCUGAUAGGAGAUCACCUGGAUCUUUUCAGAAAAAACCAGACUUCAAUUGGUGUGGAUGUUAUGGGAAUACUUUCUUCUGAAGAACGAGAUGAAAGGUUGAAACACCAUCUCCUGGCUUCUAAGCAGCUUCAUCCUGCUCUGAUAUCUCCAGAGUGUGAGUACAAGUUUCUUCAGCAGCUCAUGGGUGGACUCUUAACUAUCGUACUAAGACCAAGGGAAGCCCAAUGCCCUCUGGUUCGAUGCAUUGCACGAGAGCUUGUAACAUGUUUGGUACUGCAACCUCUUAUAAAUUUAGUAAGCCCAGGGUAUAUUAAUGAAUUGGUUCUCUAUAUUUUCCUUGCCAUCAAGGCUGAGUUGUUUAAGGAUGGUGACACUGAUCAGUCAUCUAAUAUGGAGGGUCAUAAUCACGCUGCUGGCGAAUCUGCUUUCAAGAAAAAUUUAUCUGCCAACAGUCAAGGAACUGAUAUGACUUUAGCUCGUUUUGACAAUAAAAAGGAACUUAUGUCUGAUGCAUCAGUAAAUUCCUUAUCUGAUACAGUGCAGGAUGAACCGGCCCAUCCACGACCUUCCGACUGGGCCCGAGUGUUUGAGGCUGCAACACAGAGAAGAACAGAAGUUCUUAUGCCUGAAAAUCUUGAGAACAUGUGGGCAAUAGGAAGAAACUACAAAAAGAAGCUCAAGAAGAGCACUGCUACAGGAAUUCAGGCUCCCGAAACAGCAGGUUCAGUAAGCAGUGUCAUGCCUCAGAAGGAAAUGGGGACCCAAGUGUGGGAUAACAACCAUGAAAUAUCUACUGGAGUGGAAGAUAAAGCUGAGAUGCAGCUUCUAUCUUUGCCUCAACCAGAUGCUGGGCUUACUGAUCACGACACUAAUGCAUUACACAUGCUCCAGGAUCUUAACAAGGAGGUAUUUUCAAAGGAUGGAUCUACUGAUAAUAAACUUGAGGAUAGAACUAGAGUUGUUCCUCUUGAAAAUAGAAACAGGCUUAAGAGAUCAAACAGCACUUCUGAUUUGAAAGUCCAAUCAAACAUGGAAGAUACAUUUACUAGCAAAGGUGGUUCACCCAUUAUUUCGGAAUUUUAUGGUGUGGAUAUUAAUGGAACUAAUAUACAUAGUGUCAAGAGUGUCUCAAAUAUGGUUCUGCGCAGUGAAGGACUGCAUGUUCCAAGGCUGAGAUGCCGGGUUAUUGGAGCAUACUUUGAGAAACUUGGCUCUACAUCGUUUGCAGUUUACUCGAUUGCUGUGACUGAUGCUGACAACAACACUUGGUUUGUAAAAAGAAGAUAUCGAAACUUUGAGAGAUUGCACCGACAUCUCAAGGACAUUCCUAAUUAUAUGUUACAUUUGCCUCCCAAAAGGAUAUUUUCAUCAAGUACAGAGGAUGCUUUCGUUCACCAACGUUGUAUUCAACUUCACAAGUAUCUGCAAGAUCUAUUGUCAAUUGCCAAUGUUGCUGAGCAGCAUGAAGUAUGGGAUUUUCUAAGUGCUUCCUCUAAGAAUUACUCAUUUGGGAAAUCAUCUUCAGUGAUGAAGACUUUGGCAGUUAAUGUAGAUGAUGCUGUGGAUGAUAUUGUACGGCAGUUCAAAGGAGUUUCUGAUAGCUUGAUGCAGAAAGUUGUUGGCUCACCUUCCUCUAUGUGUGAACCAGCUUCCUUAGUGACAAGCAGAUCUUCGUCCUGGAUAGCAGAUGAUAUUAAAAACCUGGCUUUGAGUCACAAUACCACCGAGUCAAUUAACAGUCACAAUACCAGUGCAUCAAUUAACAGUAUCUCUGAUAACGAGGAAGGCGAUAAAGAUGAAAGCCAUGGGCAACAGGAAGUAGAAUCUGCUGCACAAGCCAAUGGGAGGCUCUCGGACUAUGAAUUGAACCCAAAGGGGUUUCCACCGAGAGUUGUGACAUGUGAUGAAGACUUUACCUUGAAUUCUGAGGGAAUUCGUGGUCAAAAAGUGCAAUCUGAGUUGCAUAGUGUGAGCAGAUAUUCAGAGUAUAGUCUUGCAUUAACAUCUGUUCCCCAAGAGGAUCCAACUGGGGUGCCUCCAGAGUGGACUCCACCCAAUUUAAGCAUUCCUGUUUUGAAUUUGGUUGAUAAGGUAUUUCAGCUGAAGAGAAGAGGGUGGCUGAGGAGACAAGCGUUUUGGAUAUCAAAGCAAGUAUUGCACUUAGUUAUGGAUGAUGCUGUUGAUGACUGGCUCUUGAGGCAAAUUCAGUGGCUCCGAAGAGAUGAUGUUAUUGCUCAUGGAAUUCGGAUGGUCCAGGACAUUCUUUGGCCCAAUGACACAUUUUUCCUGAGAUUGAAUAUUCAAACUGGACUAAAUGGUAGUCAUGCAAAUCCUGGAUCUCAAAGAUCAACAAGGCAACAAAUUGGAACUCGGGCUUCUAAACAAGGAACUUUUGAGCAACAGUUUGAAGCCACUCGCAGAGCUAGCGAAGUGAAAAAGAUUCUCUUCAAUGGUGCUCCCACUGCUUUAGUAAGCUUCAUUGGGCAUAAGCAGUACAGACGUUGUGCCAGAGAUAUCUAUAACUUCCUUCAGUCUACUAUUUGUUUGAAGCAACUUGGCUAUGGAAUAUUAGAACUCUUUCUAGUAUCAGUUUUCCCAGAGCUACGUGAUGUUUUGAUGGACAUCCAUGAAAAGGUGCGUGCUCAACACGAAUAG